AUGGACUUUUUAAAAAUUAGGAAAAGAGUUUUAAUAUAUUUUUAAUUCAAUAUUAUGGGGUUAUGCAUUUCUACAAAAGAUGGUGAACAAUAAUAGAUAUCUGAGGAAUUAAUGAAAGCACCAACAGCUACAUUUGAAUAAAUAGAAGAGAGUGGUGAGCAAGUAUUCAUUGAUGAUAACCGUGACGCAAUAGUAAAAUUGACUGAUUUUUAAUUUGAAAAAGUUUUAGGAAGGGGAUCAUUCGGAAAAGUAAUGUUAGUGACACAUAGAUCAACAAAUAAACUAUUUGCUAUGAAAAUACUACGAAAAGAAAUGAUUGAGAAGAGAAAUUAGAGAUUACAUAUGUAGAAUGAAAGAACUAUUCUUGAAAAUGUUAAGAACCCUUUUAUAGUAUAAUUGCAUUAUGCAUUUUAAACUAAAACUAAGUUAUAUUUAAUAAUGGAUUUUCUUAUAGGAGGUAUUUAAUAAAGAAAUAUUUAGGGGAGUUGUUUUUUCAUUUAAGAAGAGCUUUUCGUUUUUAAGAGGAAAGAGCAAAAUUUUAUACAGCUGAAUUAGUAUUAGCAUUAGAAUAUUUGCAUUAAGAAGAUAUAAUAUAUAGAGAUUUAAAACCAGAAAAUAUUUUAUUAGAUUUGGAAGGACAUUUAAAAAUAACAGAUUUUGGUUUAUCCAAAAUUAAUGUUAAGGAUAAUGAAAAAACAAAUACAUUUUGUGGUACACCUGAGUAUUUGGCACCUGAGAUUCUAUUAGGUUCAGGACAUAAUAAAUCUGUAGAUUGGUGGAGUUUGGGUGCUUUACUUUACGAAAUGCUUGCAGGUGCUCCACCUUUUUAUUCAAAAGAUAAAACUUAAAUGUUUAAAAAUAGACUUGAAAAACCAAUAGAAAUGAAAGAUUGGUUUUCAAAUCCUGCUAGAUCAAUAUUGAAUGAAUUGUUAUAGAAUGAUGUAAUAUUUUAUCAAUUUAAGUAGCCAACAAAAAGAUUGGGAGCAAAUGGAAGUUAAGAAAUUAAGAAUCAUGAAUUUUUUAGAGAAAUUGAUUGGGAUAGAUUAUAUAAUAAAUAAAUCUAACCACCUUUUAAACCAAAAGUUUUUGGUCAUAAAGAUUUAAGACAUUUUGAUGAUAUGUUUACUUAAGAGCCCCCUUAGGAUACACCAAUAAAUAAAAUGCAGAAAUACGAAACUUAUGAAUAGUUUACUUUUAUUAAGAAUAAUGAAAUUAAUGCUUUAAAUAAAGAGGAGGAAAAAUUUAUUGAAGUGAAUUAAAACUUUAUAUUAUAAAAAAUUUGA